GUCGUCUAGGUGAGGUUUAGUUGCAACAAAUCCUGCGUGCUUUUGCAGGCUUCGGAUACAUGCGAUUCACUUAACCCAAUAUUCUUCUUCUAAACUAAUCGAGUCAAUUUUAUUUGAACAUGACGAUGGAUAUAUAUUCGAACCAUGCAACACUACGUGUGUGAACAGUCCAGAAUGAAUUAACCUGGAUUACCCAUAGACUUUGAAGCAUAUCAUCGGUAACUUAGUAGUCUAAAUAUGACCAUGUUUUCAAUUUACAAACGCGUAUUUUUGAUUUCAUACAUUCUGCACUUCACAUUUUCCGUUGGACCUGGUCUUUAUAAGUUGCCUUCUAAUUCCUACAAUGAAUGGAAUCCUUCUUUAUCCUCCGUUUCCUCUUCCUCAUCAGCAUCAUCAUCAUCAUCGUCACUGUCCUCUUCGGCAUCUCUGUCUGCGUCAAGUUCAUCCGCCCUCUCAGCUGUACCGUAUUCAGGGGAUACAAACUCAUAUGCCUAUUGGAAUUGUCAUACAAUCCCACCAAAUAUGACCUUAUGUAAAAGUGUUGGCUAUUCACGUAUGGUAUUACCAAACUUUUUGCAACAUGAAUCAUUACGUGAAGCUAUACAACAAGCCAAUGUAUGGAUUGCUUUGGUCAAUACAGACUGUCAUCCAGAUAUUCAAAGAUUUCUGUGCUCAUUAUAUGCACCAGUAUGCUUAAAAAGUCAUCAAGAAGCUAAAAUUCCACCAUGUUGGGAAUUAUGUGAUCAAGUGCGUAAUGCAUGCUUACCACGUAUGAAACUGUUUGGAUUCGAUUGGCCAGAUAUUGUACGCUGUCAACAAUUUCCACGUUUAGCUGAAAGUAUGUGUAUACCACCACAAGAGAAGAGUACAGCUGUAACAUGUGUUCCUUGUGAACAGGCGAUUACAUUGGAAAAUAUCGCCAGCAGUUAUUGUAUGGCUGAUGUUGUACUGAAGGCUUCUAUAAAAGAUAUGAUUUUACAACCGAAUCAAGCUUCAAUCAUCCUGAAUCUAACUCCUAGAACUCUAGCAUUAAAACUUAUACGCAAUGAUGGUACACAACUCAGUAGUAUUGAUCAGUAUCGUCGAAAGCGAAAUAGCCGACGCCGACGUAAUAAUCACGAUCAACUCUAUCAUUUACGUCUUGCCAGAGAUUUGAAAGUACAAAAUAACCAUAGAUCAAAUGAUCGAUAUCAGUCAAGAUUUUCAUCAAAAUCAAAAUUAAUGAAAAAAGUAAAUGAAGACAAUGAAUGGAGGACAGAUGGUAGAACAAAAAAUCAAAGACGUCGUAGGCCAAGAAAUUCACGUCUUCAUGAUUUAGACGGUAUUACAGAAUUAGUUCUAGGCUGUUCAUCUUGUAAUCCACUAUUACCAUUUACAAGUAGACGUUCAGCUCAUUCACUUCCGAAUCAAAAAUGGCUCGUGAUGGGUAGACGUAUUCAAGACUCAAGUACAAAAAAAUAUACUAAUCAGUUGCAGGUUACCUUUUUAGGAUUAUGGAACCGAGAAUCAGGUGAGUUUCGACAAUCUUUAAAUGCAAUUCGCAAAGAACCAGUUGCACACUUAUGUAAUAAAAAUCAAGCUAACUUGUCCGUUGCCAUUCAACCACAAGCCAUACAAUAUAACCAUCCUGGUAGACCAUUGAAAAUUCUGCGUUCAGCACCAUCAGAGCUUUCAGAUUCGCCUACCUAUGAAGAAGGCGAGAAUCAGAUAACUUCUUACAAUUCAAAGACGCAUAGAUCAUUGAAAACCCCCACAAAACAACUCACUUCGAUGUCAAACUAUGAUAUGAUCAAUAAUCAUGGUAACGCGGAUGAUUUUCCUCCUUAUCCAACUCAAACAUUAAGAAAAUCUAAUUAUCAAAAUAUUUCUAGUAACUUUGAGUAUUUAAACAAUUUGAAUUUAGAGCCAAAUUCAAACACAAGGUUAUCAGAUGAUGCACAAAAUACGUAUUUAAAUGAAAUAAGCGAACUACAAAACAAAAUUCCCGUAAAAUGAAACGUCGUGAACGUAAACGAAAGGAGAAGAUGCAAAAUAACCGUAAAUUUACAGCACAAAAUUCACAAAUUCAGUAUGAUAUAAAUUCAUAUCACUAUAAAUUACCAAUAAAUCCUUAUUCAGAUUAAGUUUAAUCAAAAAGUAUGUUGAACAAGUAAGAAAAAUAAGGAUAAAUUGUCGUUGUUUCUCUACCAAUAUGGAACAUGAAUCGAAAAAUAUGCUGAUAUAUAUGAAGUGCUUGCCGGAUGAGAUGUGAACUAAGCCUCUAAUCUUCAUUUUCUUUCUUCUUUCUAUGACUUGUUUCACUGGUUUUAUUUCUGUUUAUUGAUGAAUUUUGUACAGACGCACACAUGCAUACAUAUAUGAUAAUUUUACCGCAUAUAUAUAACUGGUUCACUUUUUUUUAAUCUUUAUUUCAUACCUAAGUUAAGCUUGAGGACACAUGAUUGUCUCAGUAGCCAAAAUUUGGUCAAUUUGGUCAUACUACUUAUUAAUUAUUCAAAGUAGGUAAAUAAAAUUUGUUAAAAUAUUCUACCGAAACUCUCCGUAGCUCUUAUCGAUUAAUUUAUUCGUCUACCUCAUCGCAAUCACUGUCAUUACAAUUAUUACCACCAUCAUUAUUAUUAUUACUGUUAAUAUAAUGAGGGAUUCAGUGUUUUUGGUUGGAUUCAUAUUUGUUGUAAUUUUAAAUGUUUUUGCACAAGCCAUAUCAUUGUAUAUUAUACCAAAUUACUACUUAUUCAAGAUCAUUCCUUGCUGUCGAUGUUUUUAACGUCAGUUUGUGACUCAAAGUUGUAAUCUUCCCCGCUGUUGAUUGAGAAGGCUGUAUAAAUCGGUAGUUCGUUA